AUGGUUGAUAAUGAACAAAUAACAAUGCCUUAUUUAAAUUUUAGUAUAAAAAUCACCAAAUAAUAUAUUAAGCAUAUCAUAAUAUGUAGAAUAUUAAAUUUAGCGAACAUUUGACUCCAUAAAUAAAUAGAUCCAUGGAAUAAUUAUUAAAAUCUCCUGGAAUUCAAGAACUCAUCAAAGAUUCUAUACAAUCAGUUUUAAAUAAUCCUAAUCAUAUCUCAUAAUAUAGAUAUCAAUAUCAAGAGAGAUCAGAAAGUCCAAUCCCUUCCUCAUAAUUACCUUAAUUUGAGAGGAACAAUAACAUAAAUGUUUUAAAGUAGAUCCAUCAUCUUAAAAAGAAGAAAAGUAUAUAAUUUACAAUAUUAAUAGAUGUCAAUUCUCCUAAAUCUACUAAGAAAUCUUAUAAUCUACAUUAAAAAUUUAAAUAAGGUCGUUUCCUAUAGAUGUUUCCAUAAGUUGAUGCUUAGAAUACCUUAAAUAUAUAAUCAAAGCCUAUCCAUGUGAUAAGUAUUAUUGAAAGUAACAUUAGAGAGAAUUAAAUUAUAAGAAGCAUUUCUAAAUAAUUCUAUGGACUCUAAAGCAGAAAGAGAUAUUAUUGAAAAAUUGAAAUAGAAGAUGGAAAUAGACAAAUAAAACAGAGUAAAUGAAAUUGAAACUGUAAAGGCUUUGAAAUUAAUAGAACCUCGCAAAAAUUCCUAAUUAAUUAAAACAACCAGAAAUUCCAAAUUUGAAAAUAUAUCUAAUAUAUCUAGAAUGUCAUUAUCACAAUAAAUACCAUAAUUAGUAGGUCCUGUUAUAUUAUAACCAAUAUAAUAAUAAUAAGUGUAAAAAUAAAAAAUAAAAAAAUAAAAAAAGUUUGAUGGUAUUUAUUUUAUAGAUCCAAAAUAUCCCUAAGAUAUUGCAUUCUAAGAAAAAUAUGCUUCAAUGAGACAUUAUUUUAAUAUUAUGAAUCUUUCAAAUUGUAUAUUUGUUUAACCAACAGUAAAUAUUUAUAAGGCAUAUGUUGGAAAGGGGAACAAUGGUAUGUUAGUGAGAUAAAUUUUAAAAUCUAGAUGGUGGUGGAGUAUAUAAGAUGAAAUCGAAUAAUGUCAUUUUGUAUGGACUCAAUUAAAAGUGAAUUAAAUACAUGAGAAUAUGAAAUCAUUGAUUAGAAAUCCAAAUGAAUAAAAUAUAUGUUAGAGUGUUUCAUCUUCAAUUACUACAAUAGGAUCAUAAGGACUAAAUAAAUAAGAUGAUUAAAGUGAUAAUGAACAAUAAAUUAAAAAUAAUAAAAUAGAGUAUUCUCAAUGGAAUAAGUUUUUGUCUCAUAAUGAGAUUAGAUAAUAUAGUCAAAUAUUAAAUGGUUAAGGAAGAGCAUCAAAAUUAUUAACUUUAGAAUAAAUAUAAAAUUUAAAGUAGAAAUUAACUAUUUAUAAUGAACCAAUAAAAAUGCAUAAUCAUUUAGAAAAUAAUUUUCAUUUGGGUAAUAAGAAAGCAUUGUUUUAUAAUAUAAAAGCUUAUUAUGAAUCAUAAAAUAUAAAUGUAUUUGAUAAUUUGCCAGUCACUUAUCAUAUUAAGAGUUAAGAUGGUCAAGAAUAUUAAUAAUUUUUAGAUGCUUAUAGAGAGAGAUAGCAAAUGAUAAAUUCUGAUUAGGACAAACGAAGAAAUAUUUGGAUAAUAAAACCAGGAGAAAUUACAAAUAGAGGUAAUGGUAUAAAAAUCUCUGAGGAUUUAUAUGAAAUAUAAUCAAUAUUAAAUUCAAGAGAAGUUCAUAAGAAUGGAAUUUAUAAGACAUUUAUUGUAUAAUUGUAUAUUGAUCGUCCAUUACUUUACAAUAAAAGAAAAUUUGAUAUUAGAUGUUACAGUAUGUAUGUUUCAAUUAAUGGAAAUCAAAAAGGUUAUUGGUACACUGAAGGAUAUGUAAGAACAUCAAGUAAAGAAUUUUCAAUGAAAAAUUUAACAAAUAAAAUGAUUCAUCUAACAAAUGAUGCUGUAUAAAAGAAAGGAGAAGAUUAUGGAAAGUAUGAAAAAGGUAAUAAAGUGAGUUUUGAAGAUUUUGGUGUAUAUAUUGAGAAUUUAGGAGGUGAUUUUACAAAAAUUUAUUAAAAAAUGAAAGUAUAAUUAUAUGUUAGAUUAUAUUAUAGUAAAUGGCAACUGAUUAGUUUAAAGCUGUUUAUGGUAAAAUGGAUUAGAAUAAAAAAGAGAAUACUUUUGAAAUAUUUGGAUUAGAUUUUAUGAUAGAUGAGUCAUUUAAAGUUUUAAUGAUUGAAGCGAAUACUAAUCCAUCAAUUGAAAUUUGCUGUCCACUUUUAUCAAAAUUGAUUCCUCAAAUGUUAGACAAUGCAUUUAAGUAUUCAAUGAUUUAUAUUAAAGAAUAUGUUUAGAUCCAAUAUUUCCACCUCCUAACUUUUACAAUCCUAAAAAAAUCGUUUGUGAAAAUUAUCUUGACAAUAAGUUUGAAUUAGUUUUUGAUGAAGUUACUGAUGCACCACUCUUAAAUUAGAGUUAAUAAAAUUGUAAUAUCAUAUUUAUAUAAUAUUCCAAGAUGAUAUUGGUCUUAUUGAAGAGGAAACUGAAGAAGAAGAAGAACCUUAAUGA